CCUUCAAAUUAAGCCCUCUACGGAGGGUGAUCACUACUGCGAGUUUCAGUACGCAUUUUGGGCAUUUAAGCCAGCCAUUGACGGUUUUCGUUAUUGCCUUCCUAUUAUUACCAUAGAUGGGACACACUUAUAUGGUAAAUACAAAGGGCAUCUACUACUGGCUGUGUCUAUGAAUGCUAACAAAGAGAUUUUCCCCCUCGCGUACUCAGUAGUGGACUCUGAAAACUCCAACAGCUGGUCCUGGUUCCUGCAUUUGCUUGCGACAACCUUCUUUGCCAAUGGCGAGUCUAUCUGCAUAAUUUCAGAUAGACAUCGAGGCAUUGACGCGACAUUCAACAAUCUACCAGAGUUGCAACACGUGCAUCGUCGAUGUUGCCUUCGCCAUCUACGAAGUAACGUGAUGACACAGUUUCGGAACAAGAGGCUGAAGUCAUUGGUUUGGGAGGCAAGUAGUUCUGUAAAACAAAGAGACUUUGACUUGGCAAUGAAGACUAUACAAGAGAUAUUUCCAGAUGCAUAUCAGUACUUGGGAGAAAUCCCACCAAAAUACUGGGCAUUGUCUCAUGACGGUGGACACAGGUUUGGCAUUUUGACAACCAACAGUUCUGAAUCUUUCAACAAUACACUAAAGGGUUGUCGAAUGUUACCUGUCACUGCUAUCGCCAGACUAACUUUCCAUAAAUUAGUGGCUAUGUUUCAAAACAGGCGUUCCGCUGGUGAGAUAAUGCAACAAGCUAGAUUGCGUUGGCCAACCAAUAUUAAUAAGCAAAUGUCCGAUCGGGAACGGUUCAAGUACAAUGCAUCCAUUCGCGCAUAUAACAACCAAAGAGGGAUAUAUGAGGUAGCACUUGAAUCAACUUCCAGUUCUCUUGGCCAACCACGUUAUGUUAAGGUAAAUUUGACUGACUGGACAUGUAGCUGCGGUCGUUGGGCUGUAGAUGGCUUACCUUGUGCUCAUGUCAUUUCCGCAUGCCAUUAUAGAGGGACUGUCCCGGACUCCUUUGUGCCAAAAGUCUUCUCGUUAGAGUAUUACAUAGGGAGUUACGCAGAAGACUUGAAUCCAUUGCCGGAUGACGAAGUUCAACUGACCACAAUGGUCACGUGCCUGCCACCCUUCGGUGCCCGCCGAAAAGCUCAUAGAGGUCAACAACGUAGAAGUCGAUUUCCUAAUGAAAUGGACUUUGGUAGUCACCGUCGUUAA